AUGGCCAAAGGGACUGCCGGCGGCAGGGAUGGGGCACCGGCAACACCUCCGGGUGGCAAUGGCGCUGAGCCGGGUGCUGGGGAUGCAGCGCUAAGCUCCCCGUCCCAUAAGCAUCGAGCUGCUUCCCCUUGGGUAGUGAAGACCCAACUCCCAGUUCAGCUGCUCCUGGCCUCCUUCCAGGACAAGGACUGCAAGGGGAUGCUACGGGAUGUUGUCAUCUCCUCCUGCUACUUCUACCAGAUGUCUAAGACUCCUGACCCUGGCACACUGAGAGAGUUCCUGGAGACCUUCAUGGCUGGCAGAGUAGCCUAUGGGUCCUGGUAUAAGCAUGUGUGGGGAUGGUGGGAGAAGAAGCAGAACAAGCAGCUCCCCUCCCUCUUCUGUGAGGACAUGAAGAAGAUGAGGGUGGGCAGCCUCCCCAUAUCAGCUGCCCGACAGGACCCACGAUGGGAGGUGCAGAAGUUCCUGUGGUUCCUGGGGAAGGGGGUGGUGCAAGGGAUGGUGGUGAGGAUCCUCCACUACAUGUCCUUUGGGCAUAUGAGGAAAAAACCUGCUGCCAACUAUGAGGCCAUGUGCGCUGCCCUUAUGGACCACAGCCUCUCAAACUUCUCUGGAAAGGUGUGUUUUAACCAGUGGUGGAGGGCUUGA